AUGUCUACCCUUACCAACGGAUCUGGGUCGGUUCCGGCCGAUGCUUUUAUGCACCCCAGCAAGCCCCAUCUAGAAGGCAAUGGCCUCUCAGCAUUUGAAAACUACAAGCGGCUGCAUGAGCAGUCCAUCAAGAACCCGUCAGAAUUCUGGGGAUCGCUAGCCCGCGACCUCCUCACCUGGUCCAAGGACUUUGACAUCGUCCGCCGCGGCAGCCUCGAGAGGGGAGACCUCUCCUGGUUCCUGGGCGGUGAGCUCAACGCCUGCUACAACUGCGUCGACCGCCACGCCUUCGCCACCCCUGACAAGGUCGCCCUCAUCUACGAGGCCGACGAGCCCGAGCAUGGCCGCGUGCUGACCUACGACGACCUGCUGCGCGAGGUCUGCCAGCUCGCGUACGUGCUCAAGGACAUGGGCGUCAAGAAGGGCGAUACCGUCGCCAUCUACAUGCCCAUGGUGCCCGAGGCCAUCAUCGCCCUGCUCGCCUGCGUCCGCAUCGGCGCCGUCCACUCCGUCAUCUUCGCGGGCUUCUCCUCCGACUCGCUGCGGGACAGGAUCAACGACGCCAAGUGCAAGGUGGUGCUCACGGCCAACGAGAGCAAGCGAGGCGGCAAGACCCACGCCAUCAAGCACAUCGUCGACAAGGCCCUCGUCGAGUGCCCGGCCGUCACCAGCGUGCUCGUCUUCAAGCGCACAGAGUCCGAGGUGCAGUGGAUCCCCGGGAGGGACCACUGGUGGCAGGACGCCGUGAAGAAGUGGCCGGCCUACAUCGCGCCCGAGCGCAUGAACGCAGAGGAUCCCCUGUUCUUGCUCUACACCUCGGGGUCCACGGGCAAGCCAAAGGGUGUUCUGCACAGCACUGGCGGCUAUCUGGUGGGUGCCGCCGCUACUGGUAAGUAUGUGUUUGACAUUCAUGAUUCCGACAGCUUCUUCUGCGGCGGUGAUAUCGGUUGGAUUACAGGGCAUACCUACGUUGUAUAUGCGCCUCUCCUACUUGGCGUUUCAACGAUUGUCUUUGAAGGCAGCCCGAUGUAUCCUAAUCCUUCUCGGUAUUGGGAUAUCAUCGACAAGCACAACGUCACCCACUUUUAUGUUGCCCCGACUGCGCUCCGGCUCCUGAAGAAGUCGGGCGACCAGCAUGUUACUGGGGACCGGGCCUAUCUACGCGUGCUUGGAUCAGUUGGUGAGCCAAUCGCUCCUGAGGUGUGGAAGUGGUAUUUCGAAGUGGUCGGCAAGGGACAGGCCCAAAUCGUUGAUACAUAUUGGCAAACAGAAACAGGAUCCCACGUCAUUGCUCCCCUCGCCGGAGCCACCCCCACCAAGCCAGGCGCAGCCUCGUUCCCCUUCUUCGGUAUCGAGCCCGCCAUUCUCGACGCCGCCACUGGUGAGGAGAUUGACGGCGCCAAUGUGGAGGGUGUCCUUGCCUUCAAACAGGCCUGGCCGAGCAUGGCCCGCACCGUCUGGGGUGCCCACGACAGGUAUAUGGACACUUAUCUGAGGCCCUUCAAGGGAUUCUACUACACCGGCGACGGAGCCAGCCGCGACAAGGACGGGUUCUACUGGAUCGGCGGCCGCAUGGACGACAUCAUCAACGUCAGCGGCCACCGCAUCUCCACCGCCGAGAUCGAGGCCGCCCUGAUCGAGGACUUCACCGUGGCCGAGGCCGCCGUCGUCGCCGUCCAGGACGAGAUCACCGGCCAGGCCUCGGUCGCCUUCCUGACGCUCAAGGACCACCGCGCCGUCACGCCCGAGAUCCGCGACGAGCUGAUCCUGCAGGUGCGCCGGACCAUCGGGCCCUUCGCCGCGCCCCGGAGGAUCUACGUCGUCGACGACCUGCCCAAGACGCGCUCGGGGAAGAUCAUGAGGCGCGUGCUGAGGAAGAUCCUGGCCGGGGAGCAGGACCAGCUGGGCGACACGUCGACCCUGUCCGAUCCCACUGUGGUGGAGCGGAUCAUUGCGGCCGUCCAGGCGGGUCCCAUCUAG